CAUCGCAUAAUCGUAAAUUCCUAACACACUAAAAACAAUUUGCUAACAGUUAACUGCGAAAUGCCAUUAAUUUUAAAAUUUAUGAUUACUUACUAACACGAAUAUAUGGAAUUUCUGUUUUUGUUUGUUGUGGUUUCUGGCCGUUGAAAUUUUUUGUUUGUUGUUGCUUUGGGACAGCAGUAAGUCCGCGGUCGAUGCUUUUCCCUGACAAGAGAAAGAUGACGAAAUGAUGAGUGGCUAAGGGGCGCAUCGGCGCUUCUUGUCUUCGGGCAGUGAGACAAACAGGGGAGAUUGUGGAUCUUCAUUUCACGGUCAUCGAAAGUGAUCGCGAUCCCAGAUCAGUCGAGGCCUGAACAAAUUCGCCAUGGCUCUCUCCCACGUCCACUUUGUUGUGAAAGCGUCGACGCGUCCGGAUGAGUUGGUAUUUCUUUCCGGGGAUGUACGGGAGCUGGGCUCGUGGAAUCCGGAGGAUAGUGUAGCAUUGUCCAAGCAGGAAAGCGUCCAAGUGGAAAACGAUGGACAACAUUCUAUUUGGACCGCCAACGUUGCACUGCCAACCAGCCGAGACGUUCGCUAUCGAUAUUUCAUCGGAAAAUACGGCGAACUGCCCGGAAAGCGCGUGGUGAUGGUGCUGACUUACGAAUCCCAUUUGGUGCCGCGGAGGCUGACAACAGUUCCUACGAACGGCAAACCUCAAGACGCCAGUCCUGAUCAAUACACGACGUUCGGCCUAUUGGACGGGAAGGAUCACACGAUGCGCGGCUGGCUGACACAUGAGUGUGAAAUCCAUCUGCGAUUUCUACCCAAUGCCAUCCACUGGUGGAAGGCUCGGCACCGCACGAAAGCACAUUCACUAAAAAUUAUUCCCAUGGAUCUGCGUUAUCGAGAAAAUUCUCCCAACGAAGAUGAGGAUGAUCUGUCCUCACCCUUUGCCAACGAUAUAGAGAUAGCAGUUCUCAACGAAACAGAAUGCACAUUCAGGCCACAAAAGAAAUUCGGUCAUGUUUUUAAGCCGGAUGAAACCGCAUUUUUCCGCAUGCGCGUCCUUGAGCCGAACUUCAUGGCCUACCGGUGCGAUUUUUAUGCCUUUGAACCUGGCACAGAAAACUUAGUUGAGAGUCCGGAUCCACGUCCUGUGGGCUGCUGCUAUAUUCUGCCGACGAACGUGAAAGAGAGUGAUGGCGACCGGACAGUAGUUAUCAACGGUCUCAAGCACCAGCCCAUCGGGCAGUUAUUUGCCCACUACAUGCUGGUCCAUCCGACCAGAAACUUGGGCUGCAGUUUAGAAGUUUCUUAUGCUAAAUAUUGGCGCCGUCGAAAGUUUGGUUUCGAUAUCGGGCACCGUGGAUCGGGUAACAGUUUUUCCAUGACUACGCAAUGCGCCGCCAUCCGCGAAAACACCAUUGCCUCUCUGGUCUCAGCGGCGUCACAUGGCGCGGAUUUUGUGGAAUUUGACGUACAAUUAUCCAAAGAUAAAGUUCCUGUUAUUUACCAUGACUUCUCUGUGUUCAUUACGAUGCGGCGACGGCGUGGGUCGGGUGACAGCACAUCCAGUGUAUCCAGUGUGGGCUCAAAUGGGGAGGAUUAUCUGGGGGAAUUACACGAAAUGCCGGUGAAAGAUUUGACGCUGAAACAAUUGCAAAUGUUGAAGCUGAAUCAUGUGACGGAAAAGGAUGGCUUCUCCAAAUACAAUGGUGCGGAUGAUCAUGAACCUUUUCCUUCGCUGGAAAAAGCCCUGCGCGUACUGGAUGUACACGUGGGAUUUAACGUGGAAGUUAAAUUUCCCAUGUUGUUUAAGGAUGGGAAGCACGAAUCUGAACAUUUCUUCGAGCGUAAUGAAUUCGUUGAUCUCAUUUUACAAGUUAUCUACCGACAUGCCGGGAAUCGUCGGAUAAUUUUUUCUUGUUUCGAGCCGGAUGUGUGCGCAAUGUUACGCGUGAAGCAGAACAAAUACCCGGUGUCUUUCUUAUCGCACGGUGAAAUUACGUUGUGGCCGACACCAUUAGACGCCCGGGCCCAAACGACGCGCAACGUUGUACUGACGGCGAUUGCGUAUGACCUUCUAGGAGUGAAUGUGCAUACGCAGAACUUGUUGAAAAACGAAUGGUUGAUCCAUGAAGCCAAGGAGCAUGGUCUGGUGGUCAUUGUGUGGGGCGACGAUAACAACGAUCCAAGGCUGAUUCAGCAGCUGAAGGAAAUGGGGGUUGAUGGUGUGAUUUACGAUCGCAUUGAAGAAUUCAAAGCGGACCGCGACAACGUGUUCCACCUCGAAUAUCGAGCAAAACGAGCGCUGUUGGACCAGCUGAAUUAUGAUACGGUUUCAACUUCUAGUACCAUUCCGUAAAAGAAAGAGUCGCUGAUAAUCAGCGGUUUUAAUUCGGCUUGUUGGGCUGCAAUCUAGUCGUGCUUGCAUAGACGUGUUUCUGGCUUUUUGACUUAGUGGAAUAUUUUGCAUCGUUGAAUUAGUAGAAACAUUUUGAAGACGACGCAUCCGCUGAUUGAAUGGAUAGUACGAAUUAGCUGAUCGCAAAAUUAUUUAUUGCUAGUAAGACAGCAGUUAACGUUUCUGUAGAUUAUUUUAUCCUAACAAAGUCCUAUUUAUUUUUAAGUUUUUUCUUGUUCUCUUGGAUUUCAAGUGCUUUGACAGAAUAUCCUCUGGUUCUGAAGACAGCGGUUCAUGUUGAUAAAAAUUUUCAUAGCUGA